GGCAAAAAUAAAGAUCCAAAAAAUGGAAAAAGAGAACUAAAUAAUAAUAAAAUAAAAUAAUGAAUGCUUCUUCCACCUUCAACUUCCCGAACCUCGCUCCCGCGCGCAGAACCAGUCAUGCAAAUCCCCAGCCAAUCCUCAAACCUCUGAUCGCCGCCUCCUCCUCCGUACCCGAACCCGAUUCCGACCCACAUGCGCGGAAAAUCAAGGGCAGCCCUCAGCUGACACGAUGGUCCCGGGCACGGGCCAUACGCUCGGGUCGGAAAUUGGACCGCGCGGGACAGAGGACCCAAUUUCUGGAGCCGAACCCUCCGCUGCAUCCCAGCGACGGCGUAUCGCUAGAUCCUCAUGAUAGUACUUCAUCGGGAAGUGACGGCAGUGACGAUGACGCGGAGACUACGGCGGGGAAGUCGAUAUACAUGGUUUCUGACGGAACUGGAUGGACGGUGGAGCACUCUGUCAACGCCGCGUUGGGGCAGUUCGAGCAUUGCUUGGUCGAUCGGGGCUGCGCCGUCAAUACCCAUUUGUUUUCUGGGAUUGAUGAUGUAGAGAGGUUGAUGGAGAUUGUAAAGCAAGCAGCAAAAGAAGGUGCUAUGCUUGUGUACACUUUAGCUGACCCGUCAAUGGCAGACGCUGCCCGGCAAGCAUGCAUGCACUGGGGCAUACCAAUGACAGAUAUGUUAGGUCCAAUCACUGAGGCCAUUGCUACCCAUUUGGGCGUUUUGCCCUCCGGCCUCCCUCGUGGGGCACCAGGCCGGAGCUUUCCUCUCACCGAUGAGUACUUUCGUAGGAUUGAAGCCAUUGAGUUUUCAAUCAAACAAGAUGAUGGCAUUCCCCAGAACUUGCACAAGGCUGACAUUGUUCUUGCCGGGGUCUCACGAACUGGGAAGACCCCAUUAUCAAUAUAUCUUGCGCAAAAAGGUUACAAGGUUGCAAAUGUGCCUAUUGUGAUCGGGGUUCAGCUGCCAAAGAGCCUUUUUGAGGUUGACCCGGAAAAGGUUUUUGGUCUGACUAUCAAUCCUCUAGUGUUGCAAACAAUUAGAACGGCAAGAGCUAAGACUCUGGGGUUCAGUGAAGGAAUGAAGAGUAACUAUUCCGAGAUGGUUCAUGUCAGACAGGAGCUGGAGUUUGCUCGAAGGAUUCUUGCACAGAAUCCUGUCUGGCCAGUAAUUGAAGUAACAGGAAAAGCAAUAGAAGAAACUGCAGCUGUUGUAUUGAGACUUUAUCACGACCGGAAGCACAAGUGCUCUAUGCCAAGAAUAUCUAAACGCUACUAGAAACGGAAAUUUUGAACCAAGGAAGUAACAUCCAAGCUGUCUGCAAUUUGUUGUGCCAAAAUAUGAGGUAAAAUUAUGUUGAAUGGCAUGCCUCUUUUAUAUUAUAUACCCGUGAUACAUACAUAAACAAACAUAUAUAGUGCUACCUAUACGUGAAUAUAUUUGUUGUACGAAAACAUGAGGUAAGAAUAUGCUGAAUGGCAUGCCUCUUUUAUAUUAUAUACCAGUGGUACAUCAUAAACAUAUAUAUAGUGUUACCAAUA